AAAAAAAUAAAAUACAAUUAUAGAACAACUCGCCCUCCUCUCUCGCUUGUUUCCCCUGUUUCUCUCUCGAUCUGUCUUCUCCCUACCCUUCUUCUUUCUAAGAACGACGAUGCUAAGGGGAGAAAUAACGGCGACGGCGAUGGGAAGAACGACGGAAUCUUGACGGCUACGACCGAUAGAGUGGAAGAAACCGCCGACGAUGAGGGUUAUUUCGUCGACGACGACUAGAUCUAGGUUUGGAAAAGGCAGAGAUUUGGGUGAGUUUAAUCCUAGAAUC